GCAACGAUCGAGCUACAGGAAACCGAUCCGGAUUCCUUUGACAAGUACGGCGACGAACUCGACAACGAUCAAAUACGUUUCGAGGAGGCUCGCAGCAUCAUUGUGAAAGCGAUCGCAUCGGCAUCAAACGGUCAAACGAGAAACUCAAACGAUCAAACAAAUCCAAGAACGGUCAGAAUCAAUGAUUCACUCAAGCCGGAAGUGCUGGGAAAAGACGCUACCCCCAUUGAGAUGCGUCAAUGGACUGAGUCUUUCGAAGCAUACUACGCGUCUAACCGGAUGGAUACGUUUACGAUCAAGGAGAGACAAUCUUAUUUUAAGAUUCUCCUAGACACGGAGUUAAGAAGGUGCAUCAAUUCCAAAAUAAACGCGGAAACAGAUAUCUUCGGAACGAACGGUUGCAUCGCUAUGCUCGAGCAGGACUUCAAAGUACGCUAUCCAAUCUUCACACGCCGGCUCGACUAUUUCCAGUGCAGGAUGAAGGAAGGGGAGCACUUCACCGACUUCUGGGCCAGAUUAAAAGAAAUGGGAAAGCUAGCGGACGUCAACAAAUUAUCGGCCGAAGAGAUUAACGUCUUCCGAGGUAUCUGUGGAUGCGCUGACAAGGAGCUGCUGGACGAAUUCUUGAAACUGAAAGAGAAAACCGAAGAGACCAUCGAAGAAACCGCAAAAAUCCACGAGGGGAAGUUGUCAUCACGAGCGAAGCUAAACCCGACCCAAGCCAUCGAG